CAUUCCUCUCAUCCACACAGCCUUGAUGCAUGAGACCUCGCCUUGUGGUACCAUCUUAUGGUCUCGACGAUGUUGUUUGAAGCGGUGUGAGAAGAACUCCAGACUGAACACAGCAAGUCAGUGAAGGCGCCCCGCAUGUCUUCUGCCCGCACCCCCCCGCCUGUGCAGCCUGUGAAGCUCUCACUGCCCUUGGUAUACCAGCAGAAGCUGUUUGAGGAGCUCCGCAAGGAGGAUGAACUGGUGGUUCUGGCCCGAGGUCUCGGCCUCAUGCGCCUUAUCACGAACCUCCUUCACUCCUAUGAUGCCGCAGGAAACAACUUGAUCGUCAUCGUCAAUGCCGAAGACAGGGAAAAUGCCUGGAUCGGUGAAGCGCUCGCCGAGCAUGCCGCCAUCAGUAUGUCACCAAAGGCCAGGGGCCUCACCGUGGUCAACACCGACUACACGAGCGUGGGUGCUCGGGAGAAGAUGUAUGCUGGUGGUGGUAUUUUCAGCGUCACAUCACGUAUCUUGGUCGUCGAUAUGUUGACCGGUCUCCUUAAUCCGGAAACCAUCACCGGCAUGCUCGUUCUUCACGCCGACAAGGCUGUUGCAACUUCGUUAGAGGCCUUCAUCAUCAGGAUAUACCGCCAAAAGAACAAGGUCGGCUUUCUAAAGGCGUUCUCCGACAACCCAGACCCGUUCACGGCCGGCUUUUCGCCCUUGGCUACCAUGAUGAGGAACUUGUUUUUACGAAAAGCAUCUUUGUGGCCACGAUUUCAUGUCCACGUCGCGCAGGCACUCGAGGGGAAGAAGAAAGCCGAGGUCAUCGAGUUGGAGGUGCCAAUGACCAACGCAAUGCGUGAGAUUCAGGUGGCCAUCAUGGAAUGUGUCGAAGUCAGUAUUCAUGAGCUGAAGAAGGGCAACACGGGGCUUGAGAUGGAAGACUGGAACCUCGACAGCGCUCUUCUCAAGAGCUUUGAUGUUCUUGUCCGCAGACAGCUCGAUCCUAAUUGGCACCGGGUCAGCUGGAAAACAAAGCAGAUUGUGGGCGAUUUGACUGUACUCAGGGGUAUGCUGCACUCAGUCUUGGCCCUCGAUGCGGUCUCUUUUCUUCAGCAACUCGAUACCAUUCAUGCUGCUCACUCGCCACCCCCUGGAUCGACAAGACAGACCCAGUCUCCGUGGCUCUUUCUCGAUGCAGCCCAGACCAUCUUUGACACUGCCAAGAAGAGGGUUUAUGCCAGCACCCAGAAAGCGAAGGCAGACUCCAGCAUCGAUUCUCUGCAACCUGUACUCGAAGAACAGCCAAAGUGGUCAGUAUUGGCCGAUGUGCUAGAAGAGAUAGACCGUGACCUUUUCUUUGAGCAGCAAGCCCGUGACGAUUCCAACGGCACCAUUCUAAUCAUGUGCUCGGACACGAACACAUGCCGCCAGCUCCGCGACUAUCUUCAGACCAUGCACGUCAAGCCGAGGACUGAGAAGCGCAUUGAGGAGGUCUACGAUCCAGAAGAGGACAAGCCUUCAGCCGCCUACAUGAUGCGCAAGAAGCUGCGCAGCUAUCUCAAGUGGAAGAGGGAGUUUGCCCAGGUCAGCGCCACGCUGUUCGCGGAGAAUCAAAAGGCGCUUAGUGGUGCCGUUGACCCCCGUCUUGCGCAGUCCAAAAGCCGGGCACCCUCUAACAAGAGACGUCGGGUCCGCGGUGGUGGAGCGGUAGGCUCUGGCUCGAGCCGUCUAGAGAAUGGCAGCAUCCCGCAGUACUUUGAGAAGCCUAAUGAGGUCGCCGAGCUGAUGGGGCAGAUUGACAUUACCGAAGCGGAAGCCAACCAGAAAGAUGACCUCGUCAUGGCUGACCCGUUGGAAGACAUGGACGACUACUACCAGCUCUACGACAUGCAAGAUCUCGUCGUCAUCCACGCGUACGACGGCGAUCAGGACGAGCACGUGCUGGAAGAAGUCAAACCCAAGUACAUCAUCAUGUACGAACCCGACGCCUCCUUCAUCCGCCGAGUGGAAGUCUACCGCUCCAGCCACAACGAUCGAAAUGUCAGGGUCUACUUCCUCUACUACGGCGGCUCGGUCGAAGAACAACGCUACCUCUCCACCGUCCGCCGAGAGAAAGACAACUUCACCAAACUCAUCAAAGAGCGCGCCUCCAUGUCCCUGGUAAUGACAGUCGACUCCUCCACCGAAGACCCCCAAGAAGCCUUUCUCCGCACAAUCAACACCCGCAUCGCCGGCGGCGGGAAGCUCUCCACCGCCACCGCUGAGCCGCCCCGAGUGGUGGUCGACGUUCGUGAAUUCCGCUCUUCUUUGCCGUCCCUCCUCCACGGCCGGUCGAUGGUCAUCGUGCCGUGCAUGUUGACAGUAGGAGAUUACAUCCUCUCCCCCAACAUCUGCAUAGAACGAAAAUCCGUCUCGGAUCUCAUCUCCUCCUUCUCCAAUGGAAGGCUCUACUCGCAAUGCGAGACCAUGUUCCAACACUACCAAAACCCUAUGCUGCUCAUCGAAUUCGACCAAAACAAAUCCUUCACCCUCGAACCAUUCGCCGACCUGUCAGGAAGCAUCUCCUCCCUCAACUCGGCCAACGCAGGCGAGAAGGACCUCCAGUCCAAGAUUGUGUUGUUGACGUUGGCCUUCCCCAAGCUAAGAAUAAUCUGGAGCUCAAGCCCGUACGAAACAGCAGAGAUUUUCGAACGGCUAAAGAGUCAAGAGAAGGAGCCUGAUCCGAUUGCCGCGGUCAGGGCAGGGUUGAAUGACGAGGAUGAUGUCGAAGGGAGCCAGCAGGGGCAAGGGGCGGCUUUCAACCCGGAGCCGGGGGAGAUGCUGGCCGCUGUGCCCGGGGUCACGCCGAAGAAUAUUGGGAAUAUUACGGCCAAGAUGGAGAAUAUAAAGGAGGUUGCGAACGCGACGGUUGAGGAGCUGAGUGCGCUUGUUGGGAAGGAGGCGGGCAGGCAGAUAGAGAGGUUCUUUGGGAGGGAUUUGUUGGAGGAUAGUUAAGCGACUGAGCGGAGGGUGUAGAUGUGUCGAUAUGUGGUAUGAGGUGGGAGGUAGAUGCAUAAAAAAAUAAAUAAAAAAAAAAUGUUUGGUUGUC